UGCAGCCUCCCCGCCUCCGUCAUCCCGUUCAAUAAAUAAUGCUUUGUAAGCCGGAAUCGGCCUUCUCAACGAGUCAUAAUUGUUGCUUGGAAGUAGAAGACCCAUUUUCUAUUCAUUUUCUGCAGCUGUCGGUGUUGACUUUGUCAUAUUUUUAAGAUGACUACCCAGUUCCCAUCCCUCUCUCCAGUGCAGAAGAAGGAACUCUCUGACAUAGCCCAGAGGAUUGUGGCUCCAGGGAAGGGCAUUCUGGCAGCAGAUGAGUCCACAGGCACCAUGAGUAACCGCCUGCAGAAGAUUAACGUAGAGAACACUGAGGAGAACCGUCGGACUUUCCGCGACCUCCUGUUCUCUGCAGUUGACCCCAACUGCAUUGGUGGAAUCAUCUUUUUUCACGAGACACUGUAUCAGAAGUCUGACAAGGGUGUCCUCUUCCCCCAGGUCAUCAAGGACAAGGGCAUUGUGGUCGGCAUCAAGGUGGACAAUGGCACAGCUGGUCUGAAUGGAACAGAUGGAGAGAUGACCACACAGGGUCUUGAUGGACUCUCGGGGCGUUGUGCUCAGUACAAGAAGGACGGUUGUGACUUCGCCAAGUGGAGGUGUGUGCUCAAGAUUUCAGACGCCUGCCCCUCAGCCCUCGCUAUCGCAGAGAACGCUAACGUACUUGCCAGAUACGCCAGUAUCUGCCAACAGAAUGGCCUGGUGCCCAUUGUGGAGCCAGAGAUUCUGCCUGAUGGAGACCAUGACCUGCUGUGCACUCAGUACGUCACUGAGAAGGUUCUGGCUGCCACGUACAAGGCCCUGAACGAUCACCAUGUCUACUUGGAGGGCACCCUGCUGAAGCCUAACAUGGUCACCGCCGGACACUCCUGCCCCAAGAAGUUCACCCCCCAGGAGGUCGGCAUGGCCACCGUCACUGCCCUGAGGCGCACUGUCCCUGCCGCCGUGCCUGGCAUCACCUUCCUGUCUGGAGGCCAGAGCGAGGAAGAGGCCACUCAGAACCUGAACGCCAUGAACCAGACGGCCCUGCACCGGCCCUGGAAACUCUCCUUCUCCUACGGCCGUGCACUCCAGGCCUCCGCCCUCGCCGCCUGGAAAGGCAAGGCCGCCAACAAGAAAGCGGCACAGGAUGCCUUCACCUCCAGAGCAAAGAGCAAUGGCCUUGCCUCCAAGGGAGAGUACACAGUGGUGAGCAGCGCUGACCAGGCCUCCAUGCAGUCCCUGCACACAGCUAACUACGUCUACUAACUCGACCACAUGUCAGACAAGGACCAAAGAAUGCAGAAAAUGUCAUCUGUACACGUCCCUUCUCAUUCCUGCAAUGACAACAUUCCCCUAUGACCAUGAGUUAUUAUUUUACUACUAAUAAACAGAUUGAGUAAAUAAAAUAAAUGUGAAAUGUUUAAACUUGGGCCUCCAGAGUGGCGAUGCUAGAGGUGUCACUACAGACCCUGGUUUGAGUCCAGGCUGUAUCACAAUCGGCUGUGAUUGGGAGUCUCAUAGUGCGACGCACAAUUGGUCCAGUGUCGUUUGGGUUUGGCUGGGGUAGGCAGUCAUUGUAAAUAAGAUUUUGUUCUUAACUGACUUGCCUACUUAAUAACCUCUUAUGGCUUCGAUCACCCUACAGGGAUCAACAUCAGGGGGAAAUUUCAGUAUAGCUAACUAAAAAUCCAACAUUGUAAUAUUAAACAAUUCUUGAAAAUGCAA